GCGACGUCGAAACUCAUCGACAUUGAAACUCGCGUGGUUUAACACGAGACACACGAGUCAACGGUGAAGAGAAAACGAUGAAACGAAAGAUAAUACGCGUGUGUGCGUGUGUGUAUUGGAGAGAGAGAGAGAGAGAUAGAGAGAGAUAGAGAGAGAGAGAGAGAGAAAGAGAGACGAAAGAAAUAGAUAAAGAGACAGAGUGGGAGAAGAAGAAAAUAAAGGGGAGGGGGCAAGUACCGUUCGGGUACACCCGGUAUAACGCAACCGUAUCGACGCAGAGGAGCGCGCGAUCGUAAGUGCGAGAGGAGACACGAUGAAGAAGAAAACGGCAAUGGCUGCCGGCACCGCUGCCGUGACGGGAGCGCGCACCUUCUUUUUAUUUCUCUUACUUCGUAUUUGCACGUUAGUUGUGCGCUCUCGAACUUAAUGCCGGGUCACUCGUUGUUGAUCCUUUUGUUGUCGAUUUGGCCACGAGGAAAACAGACAGAAUGAUGUUUCUCUUUUUCCUCCUUCCGUUUUUGAAGGAGAGCACGCGUAUCCGACGAUGCGGUCCAGGCCGGUUUGCAACGAUGCGAUUCGUCGGUUAUCGAACCGCGGUCCACCACCACCACCACCACCACCAGCACCACCACCACCACCACCACCACCACCAGCACCAGCACCGGCACCACCACCACCACCACCACCGCUACAACAGCAGCAGCAGCACCACCACCACGACUACCACCACCACCACCACCACUGCCACCACCACUAUCACCACUACCACCUCCUACUUUAAUUCCUCUUCCUUUACCACCCCCACCUACUUCUCCUACUCUACUACACUGCUACUACACUUACUAUAUUACUACUACUUCUGUUGCUGCUGCUGCUGCUGCUAGUACUAUCACCACCACCACCACCACCACCACCACCAGAACGAACACGACCACUACCACUAUUGCUAUAAUUUCUUUCUCUUCUUCUGUCGUUCGCGCUCUCACACAGUACGUGCGAAAUGCUAAGAGAAUGGACGGAUAGGGACUGAGAGAGAGAGAAAAAGAGAGAGAGAGAAAAAGAGAAAGAAAGAAAGAAAAAGAGAGAGAGAGAGAGAGAGAGAGAGAAAGACGAUCCCUCGUGAUCGUCUUUUAAAGCGCCCUACAGGCACGACUAUUGUAAACGUCGAAAUUGUCUUGCGUGUACCGUACCGUACAAUGGAUAAAAACCGACUGGCAUGCUCCGUGGCUAUGAGAGAGACACGAUGCACCGCCACCGCCGGUCGCCGCCGUUGCCGCCGUUCAACGCUGCCGCCGCCGCUGCCGCCGUCGCCGCCGCCACCGCCACCACCGCCACCAUCGUCAUCGCCGCCGCCGAUGCCGCCGUCGACACGAACGAAUAAUCGUCGUCGUGGUGGGGAGGACGAACGGCAAAAGACGAGUAAUAUAGAGAUAUUGCACGAAGGUAAAUGGGGUAGUAUUUGCGACGACGAAUGGGAUUAUUUGGAGGCCAAUGUGGUUUGCAGGCAAUUAGGGUUCGACGGUGCAAUUAAACCGACGACCAACAGUCAUUUUGGACAGGCCAAAAGGAAGUAUUGGAUGGAUAAUAUUUAUUGCGACGGUACAGAAGAGGAACUUUCCAAAUGUCGUUUCGAUGGAUGGGGAAAUUCUGAUUGUGAGAGCAACGAGGCUGCCGGUGUUAUUUGUUCUCACGAGGAAGAAAAAUUGUCAUUGUCUUCCUCGUUUAAAGAGAAACAAGAGAAGUCAAGGAUCAAGGAUGUGCAUCAGCAGGGCAUGGCCUUACGAUUGGCUGGAGGUCGAGUUCAUAACGAGGGUAGACUUGAAAUUAAACUGGGCACAGCUGAUUGGGGUGUCGUAUGUGGCGACGGCUGGUCCCUCUUCGAAGCAGGGGUGGUCUGUCGUCAACUAGGCCUUGGCUACGCCUCCGACGCGACACAAAGCAACUAUUUUGUCGGCGAGACUAUACCCAUAGCGAUUAGCGGUGUACGGUGUCAUGGGGAUGAAAAGAAUCUGGUUGAAUGUUUACACGAUAGAAUUCCUGAUUGUUCAGGUGGGAACGAGAAUGUAGCGGGUGUAGUGUGUUCUCGAGAUAUGCCUGAUCUCAUUUUUGAUCAUAUCGAGUUAAUGAGAACAGCACAUUUAGAAGAUCGCCAGCUUUACUGGCUUCAAUGCGCUAUGGAAGAAAAUUGCGUGGCUUCGCGCGCAUACAAAAUUCAAAAGGAAUCAUAUAAUUGGCAUUUUGAGAGCAGAAGGCUCUUGAGGUUCACCGCAAGGAUUUUAAAUGCCGGAACCGCUGACUUCCGACCAGCCGUGCCUAAACAUUUAUGGGAAUGGCACAUGUGUCACAUGCAUUAUCACUCUAUGGAAGUCUUCGCUACAUUUGAUAUCAUCGACUCGAGUGGCAACAAAGUGGCAGAGGGUCACAAAGCAUCCUUUUGUUUGGAGGAUAAUCAAUGUAUUCCAGGAGUUGAGCCACGAUAUAAAUGUGCGAAUUACGGUGA